CAGCCCAGAAAUUUAACCCUACAGCUGACAACAAUACAUCUGUGACUCACCCGUUCUUCACGCCCAUUGCCUUAAUAUUGCCGUCAGUCUGUUGGAGUGAAUUAUUUAAAACUGACGUGGAAACCUCCAACUACCCGCUUUUGGUUUUCUUUUUGAAAGCAUGGCAGAGCCUGCAGAACUGCUGGUCAUCAAAGACCAGUAUGAACUGGCCCAACAAUCCCUGGAUCUUGGAUUAAUGGCAGAAGAGGCUGACAACAAAUCAGGUGCUCUGAUGUUCUACAAGAAGGGUCAUCUUCAUCUUUCUCAAGGAUUGGAGAUUCCCACUGGAGGGGAAAGGCACAAAGGAGAGGCCUGGGAGAAGGCCAGGCAGCUUCAGCAGAAGAUGAAGGAAAUGUUGGCAACUAUCGAUACACGCCUGUCUGUUCUGGAAAAGUCCACAACGGGAUACACAAAUGGCUCAUUGUUGGAUGGUCCUCUCAAUCUUUACCCCAACUUGGCAAUUACCGGCCAGCCCACCAAUAGUUCUGUUCACCAUUUGUACCCAAACAUACCAGAUACGUCCCAGAGUGAAUCGCCAGCCCCUGUCAGCUCUGUGUCUCCUGCUGUCCUGGAUGCACACACACUGCCUGCAGCAGAUGUGGAAGCUGUGGCCAUGGAUAGCUCAGCAGACCUGCCUCCAGCUUACACAUCAAAGCCCAUGGAUGGGCACCAUAGCCUGGCUUAUGAUCCUGCUGGAAGCGCCGUUUGGUCAGGGGAGCCACCAGAUGAGAAGGAGCUGCUGCUGAUCCCCUCUGGGGUGCAGCUUUUCUUUGUCGAACCAAAUGGUCAGGUCAGCUCUCUAUCUAAUCCGGGUUACCUCCGCAUCGUCACGGUGGAUAAUCAGCAAAGUAAUUCCAGUGCUGGAAAACCGGCUGCAUUGUUACAUGUGUGCGACCGUCUGUAUCCUCUCACAGCAGAAACUCCAGUUCUGCUAGCAAACUCUGGGAUCUUCAUGUUUCCUGACUGCUUAGCAGAGAUGCCUGGCUGCUAUGUGGGUGUGGUGUUGUCCUCUGAACUGCCUGCUGCAGACCGUGAGAUGUUUCAGGACCUGCUGAUGCAACUUGCCGAUUUCAGGAUCCAGGGAACGGAAGGUGCUGAAGGAGAAGUCAUGGACUUGACUAAUAAAGUCCCCCUCAGUCCUCUCCAUGGGCAAACACAUCUAACAGCACCAGAGGCGGAAAAGGUAACGCCUUUACUACCUGGGUGGAGUGAGAAGAUGGGUCAGGGAAUCUUGUCUGGAGCUACUAAGCUAAGUCAGUCAUUAGCAAAAGGAGCAGAGGCCACUGGAAAUAUGAUUCAAAAAGGAGCUGCAAGGAUCCGGGAACGCAUCACACCAGAAGAGACCCCAUCUGAGGUCAGUCCAGGGGUCACCAAAAGUCUGAAUGCUACUCAAAAAGCCACUGGGGGGGCUGUUCGAGUGAGUAAAUUCUUAGUGGAUGGGAUAAGCACAAUUGCAGGACAUGUGGCAGAGAAGGUAACACCUCAUGUGAAGAAGCACGGUGCUAAGUUAGUUCCAGAGUCUCUGAAAAAGAAGGAGGAUGGCAAGGCUUCAAACCUGGACGGAGCCAAGUUUGUGGCAGCCAGCAGUAUACAAGGUUUAAGUGCUGUUUGGGAAUGUCUAGAGACUGAAGCAAAACGCAUAUGCAAAAGUGUUGCUACUGAAACUGUCACAACAGUAAAAUACAAGUAUGGCGACGAUGCUGGCCAAGCCACAGACACAGCUCUCCGCUCAGUGGGCAAUAUUGGUUUGACUGCACAUAAUAUUGACAAUUUGGGAUUGAAAGCCUUCUUGAAGACUACUGGCAAAGAGACUGCCAAGGCCAUGUUCGUAAAACCCGAGGAUGAAGGAAAAGAAACUGAAAAGAAGAAGUUACGAAAAGAUGAACACCCUGUUCAGGCUGAGGAGAAGCAAGUGAAGAAAGAGGAGGCACCAACCAAGGAAAAGGAUGUGCAGAAGGAACAAAUGGAAAAGAAAUAACAGAUUUUUAUUAGCACUAAUGUUUUAUUUGAUGUUUUAUAUAUAUAUAUAUAUAUAUUUAAAGGAAUAUUUAAGGUAUUGUGAGCUGAAUUGUGUUAUUAUUAUUAUGUUCGAAGUUAUGCUUAGCAGUGACUUUGGCUUCGGUGAAAGAGUUGCCUUGCAAUCUAAUUGUUUUGGGUUGUCUUCAGCUACUGUCUGCCACAUGUGCCACACACUUAGCCCUCAGGGCUUCAUGGUGUGCAUAUCUGCAUGAAUGUGUGUGUGUUUGUGAGCAGAAUUGGCUGUAUGUAAUGUAAAAUUACUUAACAUGUCAUUAUAAAUGGAAACGUCUAGAAAAA